CUCCUCAUUGUUUCCUUGCAGGCUCGUCUCCGGUUUCCCAUCGACUACCCCUAUUCUCCUCCUGCCUUUAGGUUCUUAACCAAAAUGUGGCACCCCAACAUCUACGAGACGGGUGAUGUCUGCAUCUCCAUCCUCCACCCGCCCGUGGACGACCCGCAGAGCGGGGAGCUGCCGUCUGAGCGGUGGAACCCCACCCAGAACGUGCGGACCAUUCUCCUGAGCGUCAUCUCACUGCUGAAUGAACCCAACACAUUUUCUCCAGCCAACGUGGACGCCUCGGUGAUGUACCGCAAGUGGAAGGAGAGCAAAGGGAAGGAUCGGGAGUACACGGACAUCAUCAGGAAGCAAGUCUUGGGCACGAAGGUGGACGCUGAGCGGGAUGGCGUGAAAGUCCCCACCACGCUGGCAGAGUACUGCGUGAAGACCAAGACUCCAGCCCCAGAUGAGGGCUCAGACCUCUUCUAUGAUGACUAUUAUGAGGAUGACGAGAUGGAGGAGGAAGCAGACAGCUGUUACGGUGAUGAGGAUGACUCCGGCAAUGAGGAAUCUUGAUGGCCCUCUGACAUUGCAAAACUUCUUAUAAACUACUGAAUUUUACCUCAACUAGGACACACUGGUUUGAACUUAGGAUCUGUCAGCCCUGAAAUUAACUCUCUACCUCGCAGGGAGACUGUUCUGCUGUUGCAAAGGAAAUCCCACUGCUGACUUUGUAGAAAAA